AUGGCAACCAGCAAAUCAAGUGACACAAAAAAAAUCGAGCAAACAUCUGGUCUCUCGACAAGUACAACUGUGAAUCGACAUAUGAACAUGCAAAGAAUGCAAAAUGUCCUGCUUAUUUGGUUGGACAACAAUAUUAAUGAAAAUAAGGCUGAUUGUAGUAAUACAAUCAAACAACUGAAACGUGUAGUUAACAACGUAAACACGUUUACAGAUGGCGACCAGUGUGUUGAAUUUCUUCAAACUAUUAACAACAACAAAGUAUGUAUGAUUGUCUCUGGUUCACUUGGGAAACAUAUUGUGCCUUGUGUGCAUGAUAUGUCCCAAGUUGACACCAUUUUUAUUUUUUGUAACAAUCAAGAAUGGCAUAAACAAUGGGCCAAACAAUGGCCUAAAAUAAAAGGAGUCUUCACAGAUAUGACAUUAAUCUGUGAUGCUCUCAAGCUAGUUGCUCACCAAUGUGAGCAAAAUGCCAUCUCAAUCAGCUUUGUGGCAUCUAACAAGAAAUUGGAUCAAUUAGAUCCAUCAUUUAUGUAUACUCAGAUCUUGAAAGAGAUCUUAUUAGCCACCAAAUUCGAAGACAAACAUUUCACAGAAUUUAUAACUUAUUGUCGUCAGUUAUGUGAAGGUGAUGAAAAUGAAUUAAAAAAUGUUAAUCAACUACAAACAACAUACAAAAACAACAUACCCAUAUGGUGGUAUACAUGGGAUGCAUUUUUAUAUCGUAUGCUCAAUCAAGCAUUAAGAUCAAUGGACGUUGAUAUUAUUAUUCGAAUGGGUUUCUUUAUUAGUGAUCUACAUCGUGAUAUUCAACGACUACAUUCAGAACAGUUUGAUGAUCAUCAAUCAGGUACAACAUUUACAGUUUAUCGUGGUCAAGGACUUUUGAAAGAAGAUUUUACCGAAAUGACAAAAACUAAAGGUGGACUUCUUUCAUUUAAUAACUUUUUAUCAACUAGUAAGAAUUUUGAUGUAUCUCUUUCUUUUGCCCGACGAGCUGCUAUAAAUCUUGAUCUUGUUGGAAUUCUAUUUGUUAUGUCAAUUAAUCCUACUCAUGCAACAACUCCAUUUGCUUCUGUUAGUAAUGUUAGUUAUUUUCAUACAGAAGAUGAAGUUCUCUUUUCUAUGCAUACCAUUUUCCGCAUUGGAGAUAUUGAACCAAUGGAUGGAAAUAAUCAUCUUUAUCAAGUGAACCUAACAUUGACCAAAGACAACGAUCGAGACCUUCGUACUCUUACUGAUAGUAUCCGAGAAGAGACCUUUCCAGAUGUAGAAGGAUGGCACAGAUUAGGAACAUUGCUAAUUAAAAUGGGUCAGUUUCACAAGGCUCAAGAAGUUUAUGAAAUUUUACUUCAUCAAACAACGGAUGAAGGUGACAAGGUAUUUAUCUAUCAUCAACUAGGUGAGAUCAAAUAUAAUCAAGGAGAAUAUCAAGAAGCACUUACAUAUUGUGAAAAGUCACUUGCUAUCGAUCAGAAAACACUUUCUUCCAAUGAUCUUAAUUUGACUUAUUCCUAUAACAACAUCGGUUUGGUGUAUGACAAAAUGGGUGAUUAUCCAAAAGCACUUUCAUCUCAUGAAAAAGCUCUUGCAAUUCGACAAGAAUCACUUCCUUCCAAUCAUCCUGAUUUGGGUGCUUCCUAUAGCAACAUCGGUCUUGUGUAUAGAAAAAUGGGUGAUUAUGGAAAAGCACUUUCAUGUAAUGAAAAAGCCCUUGCAAUUCAACAACAAUCACUUCCCUCCAAUCAUCCUAGUUUGGGUAAGUCCUAUAACAACAUCGGUAUUUUGUAUUACAGCAUGGGUGACUAUUCAAAAGCUCAUUCAUUUUUUGAACGUGCUGUACAAAAUGGACAACAAUCAUUACCAACAAAUCAUCCUCAUCUUCAAAAAUGGAGAAAAAGUCUCGAACGCAUAAAAAAGAAACUAUAA